CUACCGCAACUUGGUCACACUACUAAAUAACCAGGGUUGGCUAGUUUGGAGUGGUAAAUUUUUACGGAAAAAGAACUAUUUACACUGAUUUUAUGUAAAUAAAACAAAUAAACGUAGGAAAAUUAAGUGCAAAGUACCAUUCACACGAAAAUUACAUACUUCAACUCCAACAACUGUGUUUUGGCCUUUUUAAUCAAUUAAAAAAGAAACAGCUAAAAAACACAGAAACUCACUAGUACCUAAAUAGUUGGAAUACAGAGAAGUUUAAAUAAUUCGAACGAACGAAGUUUUCAAACACAAAUUGACCACCGAUUAGUACAGAAAAAAGGAAAAAAACAGGAAAUAGCAGAGAUGGACACGCCACCAAUGUUCAACAGCGUCGAAGAUGAGUGCAGAUACUGGAAGGAGCGAUCCAAGCAGUACCACAAAGAGUGGACAGACGUGAAACAGGAUUACGACGAGUUCGUGGAGCAGUCGCGGGAGAUGGAAGUUGAAAUGGACGCCACUCUGGAACAGAAACAGAGCAUAAUCAAAGAUCUCACAUCCAAGCUCACCAUGUUUGAGCGCGAGAACGAGUCCCUGAAGCUAAAGCUGGACUCGCAUGCCAUUGAAACGUCAAACAUGGAAAAGCAACUGGAGGCAGUAAAGAAGGAGCGAGACACCAUGAAGGUGUAUCUGAGGCAGCUAGAGCAGAAGAACGAUGACUUGGAGCGGGCACACCGCAUCCUGAACGAAAGCAUAGAGAACUUCGAGAAAAUGCUAGACCAGGCCUACGAGAAGAACGCUCUGCUGGAGCUCGAAGUGGAUGAAAAGGGGCUGCUGCAGGAGAAGCUGCAGCGGCUAAUGGAUGAGACGAGAGAUCUCAAGCAAGAGCUGAACGUCAAGACACGCUAUGUCACGCCGACGGUGAAUGGAACAGGGGCCACGAACUCCAUGAACAGCUCCAUGAACUCGUCCACCUCGCUGCCGAACGGCAUCGUGGCCAAUGGGGAGCUGGCGAAUCACGAUAACACGGUCGCCACCAAUGCCACCAGCGUCAGCGUGAGCGCCCUCAAUGGCAGUUUAGUUAAUAGAAACGAAUAUAACCAGCAGCACUCGCUUAAAAAUCCCGAGAACCAAAUCAAUGGCAAUUCCCUGAAACCCAGCUGUCGCACAUCGGCGCUCAACACUGUGGCCGACAUGUUGAGAAAACUAAACGCCAUGGAGACGAAACUGAAGACUUACCGGGAGAACAGACCAAUGCCGCAGCGGCACCGCUCCUCCAAGGAGUAAGCCCAUACGGCGCUGAGAGGCCGAUUAAAUGGGAUCACCUCAUCAUCGACGCAAUCCCCAUCACCUCCCUGGGGCGGGAUUACUGUUCAGUUAGUUCGGCGUUAGCGAUACGUUUCUUUAAUGUUACUUUUUAGCGUUAAUUUAACUUUCGCUGCCUCUUUAUUUAUUUUUGACUUAACUUGACUUUGUAUAAACCGUUUUGCGAUAUUAUAAAUAACACACAGGAGUUGGUGUUGCCGUUUUCGAAACCAACAUGUUACACAUGCCUUAGUACGAAUUAAGAGUAAAAUCCUAAGCUAAGUCCCCACACUCGGUUCAACCCUUUGGAUUCGAUACGAAUAGCGACGAUUAACUGACAUAAGAAAUGUGUUUAGAGAGUAAGAUCAAAGAGCCCCGCAACCGAAGAUGCUGUGUCCAAGUAUUAUACUUCAAGCGGACAAACAAUACUCGUAGCGUUUAGGAAAAAGACAAGCAAGCUAUCUAACCCGAAAGCACCACCCGAUCACCUAGUUAUAUCGAUAGCGAUUUUCUGUUUAUAUUUACGACCGAAUAUAAAUUUGUAAAAAUGCUAAA